ACUUUAAAUCUUCAAUCUCUGGUACAGCAGAGAUCAUAAACUGUUAGUUUAGUGAAGAGAGGGAAUAUAAUUAUAUUCACCUGGGAUAUUUCAAAACAUUUUACAGCCGGUCACUCGUAGAUAUUUAUUACAUAAUAAUUCUGUCUACAUAGAUAGGUCUUUCAUAAGCACUUAAUAUUGUUUACCAAAGAAAUGGUGAUGGAGAAGCCAAGUCCCCUGCUUGUAGGGCGGGAGUUUGUGAGGCAGUAUUACACACUCUUAAACAAGGCACCAGACUUCCUGCACAGGUUUUACGGGAGGAAUUCUUCCUAUGUUCAUGGAGGACUUGAUCCAAGUGGGAAACUUGCGGAAGCCGUGUACGGGCAAGCGGAAAUCCACAAGAAGGUCAUGUCCCUGCAGUUCAGUGAGUGUCACACAAAGAUCAGGCAUGUGGAUGCCCAUGCCACACUGAGUGAUGGGGUGGUGGUGCAAGUCCUCGGAGAGCUGUCCAACAAUGGUCAGCCCAUGAGGAAGUUUAUGCAAACUUUCGUGCUUGCUCCAGAGGGUUCAGUGGCCAACAAGUUUUACGUCCACAAUGACAUCUUCCGUUACGAGGAUGAGGUUUUUGGAGACUCUGAAGCCGAGCUUGACGAAGAAUCAGAGGAGGAAGUUGAAGAGGAGCCAGAGGAGAGGCAGGCGUCCCCUGAGACACUUCAAGAAAGCCCUAACAGCACCACCUAUUACGAACCUCACCCUGUCACUAAUGGAGUAGAGGAGCCCAUGGAGGAGCCAGCUCCAGAGCCCGAGCCUGAACCUGAACCAGAGCCCAAGGCAGAGGAGGUAAAGCCUGAAGUAGUUGAGAAGGUUCUGGAAGAGAUGGAGGAGAAAGCACCGUCACCGGUCCCUGUGGCGUCUCCACCAAACACACAGGAGCCUCCCAAGACUUUCUCGUGGGCCUCGGUGACCAGUAAAAACCUCCCCCCAAGCGGCACAGUCACCUCCUCUGGAAUGUCACCCCAUGUUAAAGGUCCGAGUUCACAGACCAGAGGUGAAUCCAAGACGGAGACACACACGGCACCUAUUCGGGCGAGAGACCAGCGCACACGGGACAGACCGGCAUUCACUCAGCGGGGUCCAAGGCCUGAUGGUGUUGCAUCUUCGGAGUCACAAACGGGGAAACCACACUUAAGUUUUGUUAACAAAGGUGGCCGGGGAGAUUCUGAAUCUGGUGACAUGGACAGCAGGCGAAUUGUCCGGUACCCAGACAGUCACCAGCUUUUCGUUGGCAACCUCCCACAUGACAUUGACGAGAGCGAGCUCAAAGACUUCUUCAUGACUUAUGGAAAUGUUGUUGAGCUGCGGAUAAACACCAAGGGCGUUGGUGGGAAGCUGCCCAACUUUGGAUUUGUGGUCUUUGACGACUCUGAUCCUGUGCAAAGAAUCCUGGGGGCCAAGGUAGAAGGGCCCAUCAUGUUUCGGGGCGAAGUGCGUCUGAAUGUCGAGGAGAAGAAAACGAGGGCGGUGCGUGAACGAGAGACCCGUGGCGGAGGAGACGAGCGUCGGGACAUGAGGCGCAACGACCGGGGCGCCGGAGGUUCAAGAGGCAUCGUGGGAAGUGGGAUGAUGCGAGAACGCGACGGGAGGGGACCACCUCCUCGAGGCGGCAUGGCCCCGAAACCUGGCAUGGGCUCCGGUAGAGGCUCUGGUGGCCAGGGAGAGGGUCGCUUCACGACCCAGCGCCGCUGAGAAGAGCACCACCUGCAGUGUGGAAGUAGUACAGUGUUCUUCAUCUUCAACCGUUCUCGUUAACGAAAAGAAAUCUUCAUGUAUAAACGUAUAUAUUUGUUUUGUUUUAUUUUUUUAUUUUUUUGUUCCCUCUUUGCUUUGGAAUGUGACACAGCCUGUCAACCUUUUUUGUUUGUGAAAUAGACAAAACAAAAAUAAGCAAACAAGAAAUUUCACUUAUUAGUUGUGAGCUGAGCAUCCUUUUCGGGUAUCUCAAGAAUUCACAAACUUUAAUUUGUAAAUUUGUGAAAAAAGGCGAACCAACCAGGAGUAAUCUGCCACAUUAGGAGGGACUGAUGAGACUUUUAACUACGAUAAUACAGCCCAUCAUUUGGAAAAGAGAUUAUAUGCCUUGACUUAACUGGGGCGCUGCUUCACGAAAUCCCUCUAUUGCACAUUUUAUAUGGUAGUUUUCUGCCCGUUACUGUUGGAAAAGAGUGAGAUGCAAAAUUUGUGCAGUUCCAGAGGAAAAGUUUGCCUUUACUUUUUCCUUUUGAGAGACCACUGCUUCAAAAUUGCAUAAUGCACUCAUCAAUAUGCACUAAUGGGUACUUUUGUCGUAUUACAUUGACAUCCAUGCUCGGAACGCAGCUGGAGAGACCUGUUUUGUCUCAAAGCGAUACGACUUUCCGGGGCAGGCCUCGCCCGCAGCCUGUCUGCUGUGAACAAUGUACUUUUCACACUUUUGACCCAAAACUACGCUUCAAUUACUGCUGGAUGGACAAGAUGACAAGCAAAUCUACAUUAUAUUUUUUUCCUCAUUUAUAAAUCGAAAUGAAAAUAUAAAAAAGCUCAAAUCCUGGACUUUCACCAAAUAAGUGGGGGGACUAAGGAUACACAAGAAACAAAGAACAAUAGAAGAGAGGUGGUAAUGAUGGCGGCUCGCUCUGUUUUUUCUUUUGAUUCCAAGUUUGAUUUUCUUCAUGUUUUUCCCUGCCAGCUAGACCGCGAAACUGGACCGCGACACCUUCCCUCCCUUCCUUGCUUAAGUGCGGCGUAACGGAAUAAAUGUACAGCAAAAAUCAUAGUUUACUGUAUGUUUUGUUUUCUGUAUAUAUUUUUCAUUUCUCUCACGACUUGAUAAAAAGCAUGAAUGGUGCCUUCUAUUUCACCUUUUCCAGUCUUACUAAAGUGGUUCGGAGCUUUCUGCCUCCUAAUACUGAGCUGCUCAUUUUGAACUAUUGUUUUUUUGGGAAUGGAUAGAAAAACAAAUUGCAGUAUUCACAAGUUUUAAUUUUUCAGGUGCAUUUUUCAUUUUUUCCAUACUGUUUUACUACCUAAGAUGCUUUGCUGUGAGUUUUGUACAUUUGUUUUGUAUUGUGUCUGUUCUGGGUUUUGUAGAGACGAUAGGUGCCUCCAGUUCUGUUUGAUGUUAAAUGGUUAAGAGGUGCAUCUGAAGAACAACCCCCCCUCCCCCCUCCCCCCCAAAAGGUACAUUAAAGAUGGUGGCAGUGAAAUGCUUGCUCCUUGGUUUAAGAAAUCAUAGCUCUACAGAACCGUGAUUUCAGUGAUCUAAGGUAAAGAGUAAAUGUCUCACAAUGUGAUUCAGCUUCUGUUCUUUACUUGCAAUCGGACCAUAGUUUUUGCGACUCAUGGUAGCACUUGGUUUAAUCCCUGGACUCAAAGUUGUCGGGCUGUUUUUUCUUUUUUCUUUUCUCAGCUACAAUUGUGUAAUGAUCUGUGCCGGCCAUAGUUCCAGCCGACAGACUAGCAAAUAAUUGUGCUCACUUUUCUAGCCAUUUACGCAUUUGUAUUUUCAUAUGCCGAUUAUUCAUUGUGCUUAUUUGUAUUCAUAUAUAAUCCCCCCCCCCCCCAUUCAAGGCACGUCUGAUCUGAAUGCCCUAGUCAUCGUCUCCCUCUUGUCCUCUUGCUUAUUUUCUUUUUACCACUCUGUCGGGAGGGAAGACCUUUUAGUUUCAGCUGGAAAGGAAAACAUGACAAACGAGAUGUUACCUAUUUUAUUUUUAUUUUUUUUAUCUUGCACUGAAAUGGGACGUAAAAUUUGAUGUAGCAAAUAUACGAAUGAGGUCUUCCUUGUCCCGUGGUAUUGCACUAUUUACAACAUUUCUCGGACAAUCUCUAAUUUUGAAAACCGGUUUUCCAAAUUUAUCAUCUGGCAGUGAAAACACAAAGUGUUAGUGCUCAUCUGCGUUAAAAGAAUAUAUGCUCUCUUGCAGUUUAAAUGUGUACAGACAUGGCAUAUUUUAUGUAAUUUUCAACAGUAAUGCUCGGCUACUCUCCCUUUGUAGUUGAGAUUAAAUAUUUUCAGAUGUGAGAUUAGUUUUCAAUAGAGAUUCUUAAUUUUUUACCAUCAGUCUUUGACCUGAAACUACAGAAAGAUUACAGCUCUUUGGUCCUUAAGUGUUUUCUCAUGGGUGCCUCUACCCCCGAAUGUUUUUUUGUCAGGUAAUUGCUUAACUUGAAGACUUUACUGCAAUCGUACUUUUACAGCAAUGAGCAAUGAAGAGGGUGACGAAGAAGAGCCAUCAUGCUUUCUCACCGAUUUGUGCUUUUUACAUCAAAGUGGUGGUAAAAAUACUUAAAGGUUAUAAAUUUACAGUUGGAUAGUUCUUCUUUUUCACUGAGGUUUUCAACGACACACUCUUUUCCAAACUUUUAAAGGAUCCUCAAAAGAGGAAAAAGCUGUAAAUUGAGUGGAUCCUCAUUGUGAAUCAUUCCAGACCUUUCUGAAU